UGCACAUGUAGCCUCAGGGGAAAUUUCACGACUGAUGGCGAGGACGGAGGAUCUGGAAACGACACCAUAAUGCUGAUAUCUUGUGAGAGUACCAACAUACACGACAUCAUAGAUAACGUCAAGAACCACCUGGCCUCUAACUUGGAGAUUCACGUGGGGCAAGGAUCUGGAGACCAAGUCCUGCACAGUUUGGCUUUCUCCAACUUCUCCAUGCUGCGGUACCUCGACCUGUCAAGCAAUUAUAUAACGGAGCUUGAACCAGGUGCCUUUCAUGACGCCAUCGGACUUACACGACUAAACCUUAGUCACAAUAUCCUGAAUGGCUUGAUGUACGAUACGUUCAGUGGAGUUAUGUUGACCUCGAAUUCUUCGAUCCAGUAUGGACUACCCAAUCUCAAAGAACUUAUACUUGGCAACAAUGACAUUUCUGUUAUUCAAGAAGGGGCAUUUGAUGGCUUAAUUGCUCUACGCUUCCUUGAUCUGUCGGAGAAUCGCAUCUCAGAGAUAGGCAAUUUUACAUUUACUGGCUUACAGGGCCUCACUGUCCUGAACCUUGCUGGAAACAUCAUCCAACACCUACAUUCUGGUAUGUGGGGAUCACUAUCCGAAGUGCAGGAAAUUAGCCUAUCUGACAAUCAGAUUGGCGAAAUUGCAUUAGACUCGUUCAAAAACCUGCAGAGUCUUCACACUUUGCGACUGGACAAGAACCGCAUUGAAGGUGUUCUUGCGCCUGGCCUCGAAUUCCCGUCCUUGAAAAAACUAAACAUGUCGCACAACUACAUCUCUCAUGUGCAUUUCCAAUUCUUUCAUGAUAUUUCACGAAAUAUGCUGUGGAUUAAUCUUGAUAACAACCUCAUCACUAGCAUUGAUUACGGGAGUUUCGAAAGUGAAACCCUUCAGGAGCUGUACUUGAACAAUAACCAUCUCGGCAACAUAGGGGUUGCGUUUUUGUGGGGCAUGCCAAACUUGGUACACCUCGAAAUGAAAAACAAUCACAUCGAGCACAUCGCCCAGUUUAUGUUGGGUGACCUUACAAGUCUUAUGGUUCUGAAUCUUGACAACAAUGACAUCUCCUAUUUUGUGGUAGACGUCUUUGACAUUGAGUACGAUCCACGGCAACGUCUUCAGCCACAGAAACCUUCUAACAUAAGGAAAAUGUACAUCAGCAACAAUCGCCUAUCAUACCCUUCAAAUCUUGUCAUCGGACAGAUGCCUCGUAUGGAUGUUUACUCUGCAAGUGGAAACACGAUUUUCUACCUUCGCUCACAAGAUCUACCAGAUCACGGAACCUUAGCUGAAAUUGAUCUGUCAUUGAAUGGUAUGUAUGCAAUCUCUGCUGAUUCGUUUGCAAACCUCCCAGCUCUCAGUACAGUCGAUCUGAGAGGCAACCUACUGCAAAGCCUGUCUCGUGAUGUCUUUGAGAACUUACCGUCAUUUCUGUUUUUGGGAGGAAACCCCCUGAUGUGCGACUGCAACCUAGCUUGGCUUAAAGAAUCUGCCAUUGACAGUGCAGAUGACGCAACGUGUGCUGCCCCAAAGGCUUUUGAAUCCAUGGCACUUUCCUCUCUGGAUGAUUCAGAGUUUCAUUGCUCUAUCGAAGCCAACAUGAACUCGUCAAACGAAUUUUCAGGUGUUCAUGGGCAAGGUGUCCUCCUAGAAUGUCCCGUCAUGUCUGAAAAUAAGGCCAGCAUCCAAUGGUUAAUCGCCGCCUACAACCAUACCUCGAAGUCAAUGGUCCUGGAAGACGUCACCCAAACAGACAGUGGAUCCCCUGGCAUCACUAAGUUUCCCAACGGUUCACUCUACCUUCACACAAUAUUGCACGAACAAAACACCAACUACACCUGUCGUGCAACGAACAACGUUGAUCAAAGAGACUUCCUCAUCUUGUUGCGAGUUGAAGGCUCCAAUGGAACAGAUCUCUGGGGUGGAAAGGACGGUAAUGGCGAGGGUAACAACAUUUGGCAGACCAGAAUCAUGACAUAUAUCUUAGGAGGGGGAGCUGGGGCACUUUUUCUCAUCGCCCUCAUCAGCAUCGUCUUGGCAUUCUUUCUGUCGAACAAACGACUUCAGAAAAUGGCAUCUGGAGAUUCACCUGUAAAGGAGCUUCCGAUGAACAAGCAGUACGGAGAUGAUUAGCUAAACAGGCUAACAAAAAAUCAUUUCAUUCAAAGUUGAUGAAUUCCUAUUAGAAUAGUCCAUCCUGCAAAAAAGCCUCAGUUAAUUAAUCAUCAUUCCAAAAACACAUUGUGAACUCCAUCCAUACAAACGUCAUCUAAAUUAAAUCAUAAUUGUGUUCAUAUCUUAUUAUUAUCA